AUGUCUGAUAUCAACAAAAGAGAAUUCACCGAGCUUGCUCUUGAUGGUGGUAACUAUUUGACUUGGAUUUGGAUGUUGAAAUAUACCUCGCCUCAUGAUCCUGUUGUCCUAUGGCAAUCCCUGAAGGAUCGCUUUGAUCAACAAAAGGCCAUUAUUCUCCCUCAGGCACAAUAUGAUUGGCUGAAUUUACGCUUUCAGGAUUUCAAGUCCGUGAUUGAGUACCAUUCUACCUUACAUCGUAUUGUGUCACAGCUGAAACUCUGUAAGCAAGAAGUUACAGAGAUUGAUUUGAUAGAGAAGACUCUAUCUACUUUUCAUGCCAGUAACCUUGUACUCCAGCAGCAGUACAGGGCCAAGAAUUAUACUAGGCAUUCUGAACUCAUUUCUGCUUUACUUGUAGCAGAGAAGCAUAAUCAGCUUUUGAUGAGAAACCACAAUGCAAGACCAGUUGGUUCACAAGUAGUGCCUGAAGCACAUGCUACCACUUAUAGAGGUGGUCGAGGGAGAGGCCGAGGAAAAGCAAAUUGGUCCCAACGUGGUGGACGAGGUUGGUCCCAUAGAGGAGGUCGAGGUCGUGGAUACAAUCAUGUUGCUAGAUUCCAAAGUCAUGGAAAAGGAUUUCAUAAGACAUUGCAUCCACAAGAAGCAAGUACAUCUCAGCAAACUCCAAAAACAUAA